CAGUUUAAUCGAAAAAAGUUUCCUUAAAUUUAGCGUCGAAAAAAGGAAAUUAACAAACUUUUAAUUUUUCAUGUUUAAGUCACACUGGAAUCAAGAAUGUUUAGAAUGCCCAAUUUCAACGGAGCAAUCAUAAUGCAUACAUUGCAGUCACUGAAGUCACCGGCGACCCUGCGCGAGAUUGUUAUGACCAUAGCCAAACAUACGGAGCUAUCAACGGAAGAUCUUAAAAAACCAGUGAAACAAACUCUGGAGAUGGGUGAACUCGCCGGAUUUCUACAGAAAUUAAAUGGUCGUUACUUUUUAGCGCCCAUGACCUUUUCUAGCCUGAUGUCGGACAUUAAGAAUUUGGAUUAUGAUAAUAUUGAAAUCCCAUCAAUUGUCGAAAAGAGAAUGAUGGCUAAAAAGCAAGGUUACGGCACACAAUCGACGACAACAUUGAUGCCACAGGUUGUACGCACUGGGCCAAAGCGUUUGCAAUCAACCAGCAACAUUAACGCAAUCAAACGACAAAUUUAAUCCAACAUUGCUUAGAUUAAAAGUGUUUAAAAUGAUUGGCGUAUAGUUAUCAAAAAUUUUCUGUUUUGUUCACUUGCAAAUCCGUGUACCUCUACUGCUCGGCAUCUAAAAAUAACUAAAAAUCAAAGGAGCUCCACCUAAAA